AUUCGUGGCGCUUAGUCAUAGCAUUCCAUAGCCACUCUUUGCAAUUGCUUUCCUUUCAAGUUCUUGGGAUUGUCUUCAACCCUGUCACAAUCGCGAGAAUCCGCGCAAGAUAAAGUCGAAGGAGAGAACAAUGAACUGACAAUGGACCUCCCGUUUGGGAGGCUCUUUGUUGCGCGGUCUAUAAAACACAAGGCAAAGGCAAGGUGGCAUGCACCUCUCGUCUCUCUAUCGACAGUCAUAUUUGUAUCGAAAACAUCCUGUAACCAAUGUCGAUCAUGAUAAACACUGGAGUAGCUUGCCUAGAACGCGGUCCUCCGACUAUCCCAUCUGAUGCCUCCCGCAUUACCCAGCUUCUUCGUACAAAUGAGCCUCCCACAGAGGAGGAAGAGGAAAUCUUUCGAUUCUUCGUCAAGUCGGGACGCUCUUACCUGCGUGAUUUGGACAUUCGUAUCGCUUUAAUGAAAGGAUCGCUUCACGAGAUGGAGAAGAUGAAGGGAAAACUUGGGCCGGAGGUCAGCCGAUACAAAUACUCUCUCGGCGCAAUGAGACGCAUGCCUUUGGACGUGUUAGAAGUCAUUUUCCGUUUCGGUGCGGGAUACUUCACGAAUCCGGAAGAUUUUUUCAGCUCUACUACACAUUGUUUGGAUAUCAAAUCUCCUCCAUGGAUCUAUGCUCGAGUGUGUCGUCGAUGGAAGGACAUAGUCGUUUAUAAAAUACCGUCGCUUUGGACACGAGUCAAAUUCGAUCUGGGCAAAAUCCGGGAUUCCCCCUCUCGGCGAAUACCUAUGGCAUUAUCUCUUCUAUCCAUCUAUCUCAGUCGUUCGAGUGCGCUUCCCCUCAUUGUCUACAUCGACAUGUUCUCCGCGCCAGCUUCUCCUGAUCUUGUUGGGUUCGCCUUGCGUCUCGUUGCCGCACAUUCUAGGCGAUGGCAAUCGUUGUUUCUGGUUGGAGGGCAGGGGAUUGACACGAAAAUCUUGUCAGGGGAUUCUUUGAUGUCGCUGGAGAACAUUCAAAUCCAAGAGAGUUCCAUGGAGGCCCCGCGAUCACUAGAUAUCGCUGCCUCGCAGUUGAGGGCCUGGUCCGCGGUGGGCAACCUCUUAUCAACGUAUGUUCAAAUAACACCGCCGACCUCACUUUGUCGCCAAAUCACAGAAUAUUCAAUCUCCACUGUGAUGUACACUGAAGUGCACAAGAUCCUUCCUCUACUUCCUAACAUCCGUAAACUUUCUGUACAGGAUAUCUUGAAUAGCAACAAUCCACCAACUUCAGAGCUUCGCCUCCCCUAUCUCCGGGAGUUUAAUAUACGACAGCAGAAUAAUCCUCUUGCUACAUUCCUCCCGACUGAUGGUCUGGUGGCCCUUAUUGACUCGAUCUCUUGUCCUGCCCUCACGCACCUUUCAGUGUCGGUCUACGGAAUAUUCGGGGAUGCAUUCAAAAGAUUUGAACGGCGUUCAAACUUUAAACUACAGCACCUAAUUGCUGGAGAGGGCGCAGGUAUCCUCGUCAAAGGCCUCCAGAAUAGGCUUGCACUCGAAACAAUCGAAAUCCGAGGUUUCCAUUUCUAUACAUCAGUGAUUGAGGUCAUCACUCACUUGCACGUACCACCUGCUUUAACCCCGGUUGCUUUGUCAAUGUCAUGGUCUCCAGCGACAUCGAACUCCCAUUCCAAUAUUUCGCCGCCAGUGACCCCAUUUCCGAAUCUACGCCGAUUCCAAUUCCAGUUGAGCCUCUUGCCCUUCAUGGAUAUCAUGGAGAAGCUGCAUGCAUGUGUAAGCUCUCGUCGGUCAGGCUCUGCAGCGCCGCUCGAAAUCCUCGUUGCGGCGCGGGAUGGGCAAGCGAGGACGAUGCUCGGCCAUCCGCGAUUGAAGGACCUUCGUUCAAUGGGAGCGAAAGUUGAGAUUACAUCUACGUGAUCAGUUGAAUCUGUACUGUAUGUCUAAUCUCUUCGAUCUUUGUACAUUGUAUUCUGCAAAUUAUCUCUGUGUUUCACAAAUUACAGUCAAUAUCAUGCCUAAUAAGGUACCAGUCCGUACCAUAUAGUCCGCGUCGGCCUUCAUGAAAUGUCCUAUACAUCCGUCGCUAACGAUGGGGGAUAUGGCACAACGGUAUAGCAUAGUAUACGACUGGUAUACGAGAUGUGUUACAGGUGGAUGCCAGGGACCCGGGAUAGGCCUUUCAUCCUUGGACUUUGGACGUUGACGUGGCGCGUGGGGCACUUGAGUAGAGAUGGUUAACAC